GCACAAGAUCUGGAUUGAUUUUUCGAUCCCACCUAGCUAAAGUCAACAACACCAUUAAACAAACCAUUGUGUCUCUCGCCAUCCAAUUGUCUACCAUAUCGCAGAGAAUGCUACACGGGACUCCAUAACACAUUGGCUUAAAACAUAAACCCCCCAUUAACGCCGUCAUGUCCUCCCUUACAUCCAACCCAAAAGUGCAAUUGGCAGCAACCGCCGUCGUCUCAGCCGCCGUCGCAGCCGGCGCAAUCCUCAGCUACCAGCGCCUGCAAGAAGGCGACCGGGUCUCCCGCCUGAAGCAAUCCAUCCCGCAGCCCGGCGACACCGACCCAGCUCUCCAAUCAGUAACGCGGAUCGGCGCGCUCCCCAAGCCCGACAAAGAAGACGAGCACAACCAGGCGCUCGCGCACCGCGCGCAGAACGGCGACUUCGACGACGAGCUGAUCCUCGAGCAGCUGGCGCGCAACCGGGUAUUCCUGGGCGACGCCGGGCUACAUAAACUGCGCGACGCCUUCGUCGUCGUGGUCGGGUGCGGCGGGGUCGGCUCGCACGCGUGCGCGGCGCUGGCCCGCUCGGGCGUGCAGCGGUUGCGGCUGGUGGACUUUGAUCAGGUUACGCUCAGUAGUCUGAAUCGGCAUGCGGUCGCGACGCUGGCGGAUGUGGGCUUGCCGAAGGUGCAGUGCCUGCAGCGCAGGCUGGUGGCGGUCGCGCCGUGGGUGCGGUUUGAUUUGCGGUUGCAGAAGUUUGAGGCGGGUGUGGCCGGGGUGGUGUUGGAGGGGUGGGAGGGGGAGGAGGGGAGGAGGCCGGAUUUUGUGAUCGAUGCGAUUGAUAAUAUUGAGAGCAAGGUUGAGUUGCUGAAGUAUUGCCAUGACGAGGGCCUGCCGGUGAUCUCGGCUAUGGGGGCCGGGACGAAGAGUGAUCCGACUAGGGUGAUGGUGGGGGAUAUUGGGGCGAGCUUUGAGGAUGGGCUGUCGAGGGCGACGAGGAGGCGGUUGAAGUUGCAGGGUAUCACUAGCGGGAUCCCGGUCGUGUACUCGACUGAGAAGAUGGGCGAGGGCAAGGCGGCAUUGCUGCCGCUUGCUGAUGAAGAAUUCCAGAAGGGGUCGGUGGGCGACCUCGGUGUCCUGGCUGACUUCCGCGUGCGGAUCCUCCCCGUCUUGGGCACCAUGCCGGCUGUGUUUGGAUAUGUCGCGGCCAACCACGUUAUUCUCAAGAUUACAGGCUAUCCGAUGGACUACCAACCAGCCAAGGCCCGCGACAAGAUGUACGAUGCCAUUCUGGCAUACGUCCAAGCCAGCGAGGAGAAGGUCGUCCGCAUGUUUGAGGGCGGCCGGGUAGACGUCUGCAUCGGCCUCAAGGUGCCCAUUACGCCCGGCGACGUUGCUUUCCUCGUCGAAGAAGCUUUCCGGGGCAGGAGCGCCGUCACUGGCAUCCCGACCAAGCUCAUGCUAAUCCGGUGGAAGAAGCCUCAGGGGACCACUCUGGUUCGGAUCGGAGAAGGGAAUGAUGAGCAAAAGUCGGCCAGUCUCAAGCUCCGCGACCUGGUUUGUUUGACCAAGGAGGAAGCCGUCAGACACCAAAAGGAGGUGCUCCUUGGAAACAAGAAGCUGGAUGACCUCUACAGCCAGGAGGUUAUUGAGCUGGUCGAAGCGCGCCAGAAGGAAGCCGAGGCGUACGAGCGUCAUAGAUGAAUCAUGUGUGGAAUACGAUAAUGAGAGCAUGACAGCAUAGGGCCAUGAUUUUACAUGCACAGUCGGUAUGGGUUAGCAUCACACCUUCCCUUCGCCGUGUUUUGUUUGGUUCACCAUCAUUCCUUUGGUUGGAGAAAUUCUCUAAUGUUC